UGUGGCCGGAUAAGGAGCCCAACUUCUUUUCAGUUCCAAGACAAUUUAGGGCCUAUUGAGUCUCGCCCCCUGAGGUCCUGACAGAUUGAGAUAGGAUUUUACAGUCAACAAUAGCGAAGCGAACAAGGAGAUAUCGACAUAUCGUCCUCCGAUUUUCGGAUAAUCAUUACCAUAAUCACUUGCUUGGCAAACUAGGAAACUUGCAAUCAUUAUGGAAACAACAGUGAUCUUGGAGCUGUACUUCCACCGAUUAAUUCUAAAACCUAUAAACUCAAACUCAAGCCGAUUCUUCUACCGAAAUCGUCUAACGCCAACGAUAAGGUGCAAUAAUGGUUAAAAAAAGGAGUAGUACUGGAAAGCAACAAAAUGAUGAUGUACCCUGGUCAGAUCUUAACAAUGAUGUCCUUCUUUUAAUUAUGAUGCGUGGAGUUGUUGAUUUUCUUGUAUUCAGUGGAGUUUGCAAGUCAUGGAGGUCACUCGCACUCUCCAACUGGAAGAGAUUUAUGGUGUCCAAACCACCAAUGUUCGCGCGUAUAUCUCCUUCAUCAAUGUCCAUGUGCAUCUCUCCUAUUUUCUCUUAUAAGAAAACCUUGUGCAUCACAGACUUUGAAGGAAGAAAGUUCAAAACCAUCCUUCCCCAUUGUGUUGGCAGGAAGUGUGUUGGAUUAACUUGUGGUUAUUUGAUCUUGUUUGGGAAGAAAACCAAAGACUUUUGGCUUGUGAAUCCUAUCACAAAGCAUCAACUUUGUUUCCCUCGUGUCCCUUCUACUGUCUGUGUUUAUCCAUGUUUAAGACUCAGGGCUAUCUUUUUCUUUUCACCUUCAAUAUCCUGGUGGGUGUUGGUUAUGGUAAUUAGAUUCACCAAUGCAGUAUGGUUUUCAAUAGCGGGUGAAGGAGCAUGGAAUCAUGUCUCCUCUCCUUUACUUAUCCGUGAUAUUCAUGUUUUCAAGGGAAAGAUAUAUACCCUAAACAAUAGUGAAAUUGUAAGAGGUGGAUAUCAGUUAUGUGAAUUAAGACUCAAUCCACAUCCCAAAUUGGUGUUACUAGAAACCAAGAAUUUUCUAAAGCGAAGAUCUCUUCCGAUGUUUGUAAGUUCGGGUGAAAAUCUUUAUGUGUUGGACUAUUCAGGAAAUGGGUACUCUUUUCACGAACUAGAUUUUGGUCAAAUGAAAUGGGUGUUAUGUGAAAAUACAAAAGAAGAAUAUGGAUUCUUUUAUAGCUCGAAGCAUAUUACUGCUUUUAAAGCCGAGUCGAGGGCUAACCCGUGGUUAGAGUAUGGGAGACAUGUUGGUAGUGGGAAUGGUUGUAAAGCAAGGUUCUUUGCUGAAAAGAUGUGGUAUUUCCCCCAUGAUUGUGUCAAUGUUAAUCUCAUACACAAGUGAUGACUUGUUAGCAUAUGUUGAAAGAUUUUCAAGACAUUGAGAAGCACUAUUGGUUGAUUUAAUUUAAUGACCCGUAAUUAUUAUUUGUAUGUGUUUCCUUUUAAUGAUUAAUAUUUUUUUAACACAUGAUUCUUUGUUAAAUAAAAUAUUAAAAAAUCAAAAGAAUGAAGUUUUCUGUAGGAUUA